UUUCGGCUCAGUAACCAGCGCGGCGUCAUAGUGCCUUGCGGCCCGCCGCCCGCCGAGGUAAUGAAGUGUGUGGCUCUGGCGUGCUUGACGCUCGCCGUGCGCGGCAACCACUUGAAGACGGCGCGCCCUUCGCCCUGGGCCAUUGCUGCGGAUGUCAGUACGCAGCUUGAGGUGAAGGACCAGCCGCCGAUCUCCAACGCCACGGACUGCAGUCCAAAGUGUCUUUGGAAGUGCCUGGGCACGGCCUCUUGCCAGGAGGUCUGCGAGCCAAUGUGCGCGCCCCCCAAAUGCCAGACCAGCUGCCGCCCGGUGAACCCCGGGAAGUGCACGCAGAAGUGCGAGCCGCCCCGGUGCGCGGUGAUCUGCCCUGAGAAGCACUGCGAGGGCAACACGAAGUGCGGCCAGUGCAAGACCGUCUGCGGCGAGCCGGUCUGCCGAGUGGAAUGCCAGCAGGAUUGUCAGACCAACUGCGCUGAUCCCAAGUGCGAUUGGAAGUGCCAGCCCACCACCCAGUGCCCCGAGCCCAAGUGCGAGCUGCGCUGCGGCACCCCGCAGGGCUGCCUGGCUGCGACAGACCUUUCCGGCCAGAGUGGCAAGCUGCAGGUGCCCGUGGGAGCACAGGUGGUCUCCAGAGGUCUGGCCAGCCUGGAUCCCAAGGAGUUUGAGACGGAGGCCGCGCUGGCCCCGGCACCUGCUGCGGCGCCCGUGCUGUCGCCGGCCACGGCAUGAGCUCAAAGCCGGCCGCGAUCAAACUGAGGAGUUCCUAGACUUCAGCGGAUGGUUUUGUUCGGGUUGGCCCGUUUGAGCGGUAACUAUGAAAC